GAAGUUUCUAUAUAAGGAGUUUUUCUUUUACAUCAGAUCAACAAUCACGCCUUUUCCCCAAAAGAUAUAUACAUGGAUUUGUUGAGCUACAUAAUGUGGAUACUACCAACAUUUGUAGCAAUCUUUUUACUCAUAUCACUACCCAAACCUAAAUCAUAUGCUAAAAACUUACCCCCUGGACUAUUCCCUUUGCCUAUAUUUGGCAACCUCUUUAAAUUAUUUCCACACAUCACCAAACCUCACAAGUACUUCGCCGAGCUAGCUAAGACUCAUGGUCCCAUCAUGAGCCUUCAACUCGGCUCCACAACUGCCAUUGUUGUUUCGAAUUCCAUGCUCGCCAAACAAGUCCUCCUCAAAAAUCAUGACGUUUUCUCGUCCCUUUAUGAUCUUGAUGCUGUCCGAGCUCACGAUCAUGAAAAGUUCUCUAUUGGCCCAUUAUCGGCCUCUUCCCCAAUGUGGAAGGUCCUUAGAAAAAUUUACAACACAAAAUUGUUGAGUGACAAAAUGCUAGAAACCAUGCAAGAACAUAGGUACCGAAAGUUGGAGGAGUUGCUAUAUUAUAUGAAAAAAUGCUCACAAACCAAUACCAUUGUCGAUGUUGGACAAGCGGUAUAUGAUGCUUCUUUCGAUAUGAUUUCUAGCACCAUUUUCUCCAUGGAUUCCGGUAGUGAUGUGAGGAUAAGAGAGAUUAAGGAUCUAAUGGAUUGCAUCAUAAAAGAGAUAGGGAGACCUAACAUAGUCGAUUGUUAUCCUCUUUUAAAAAUGAUCGAUCCACAACGUAUAAGACAUCGAUUAACAGCUUAUUGUGUUAAAUUAUUUAAGUUAUUUGAUGAAAUUGUAGGCAUGAGAUUGAAGUCCAGGAAAGAUCAAGUGCACUCUUUAGGGUUGUACAAUGAUCUUUUGGACGUGAUCUUAGAUGUUAUGGAAGAACAAAGCGAUGAAAUCAAUCGAGAUCACCUCCACCAUCUACCAUUGGAUCUAAUUGGUGCUGGAAUGGAUACAACAUCAAAAACAAUGGAGUGGGCGAUGGCAGAGUUACUUCGAAACCCUGUCUUUCUACGCAAGUUACAAGAAGAAUUAGACAGUGUGAUCGAAAAAGGCAAUAUUAUCCUGGAAUCGCAGAUCUCCGAACUUCCGUACUUACAAGCAAUUGUCAAAGAAACCUUAAGACUUCAUCCAUCAGCUCCAUUAUUACUCCCACGCAAAGUGGAGAAAGACGUGGAGAUUGAUGGGUUUCAACUCCCAAAGGGUGCUAUGCUUAUAGUUAACGCAUGGGCUAUUGGUCGCGACCCAAAUAACUGGGAUGACCAGGAUUCAUUCAUUCCCGAUCGGUUCAUGGGAUCGGAGCUUGACGUGAAAAGCCAAUUUACUCAGCUAUUUACAUUUGGUGCAGGGAAGAAAAUAUGCCCUGGAAUGCCAUUGGCCAUACGUAUGAUAUCUUUGGUUUUGGGUAACUUGGUUUGUUUGUUUGAUUGGAAAGUUGAAGAAUUAGGGAUGGAAAAGGUUUUGGACAUGGAUGAUCAUUACGGGAUUACUAUAAAAAAGACAACGUCCCUACGUGUUCUUCCCAUUCAUCGUUCGCACAGGCAAUAAUUUAGAUGAUCAUUAAUGCUGCAAUUAUUUCCAUAAUUAUGAAUUAUGAUAGUAAUUAAGUUAUUUUUGUUUGCAUGUAAUGGUCUAGGGGACCAUUCUUGAAGGGGUUCCUUACCUAUAGCUCUAUAAGGUUCUUUGUUUGUGUAUGUUAGCGUUUUCUUCUUUUAGUUUCUUUUUCCGAGUAUUAGCUUA